CCAAAAAAAGGAAUUAGUUGGGAUUUGCUAAAAGACUUCGUAAAAGAUUUGGAUAUUAGCGGAAUGGAAUUAGACCCAUCCCACGCAUCUUUAAACGAAAUUGCCAGCGUAGGGACAUUAUUACAGAUACACGCCGAGACGUUAUAUGCCCGUGCGAAAGUAGUAAAAGCCAAAGCCGAUUUAGAUAAAGACACGGAAACCUUUAAAGAAUAUAAAGACGGAGCAUUUAAUAAAGAGUUGCCAAAAGGCGAAAAAGUUAAAAAAGCCAUUACUAGCGAGCGAGUUGAGAAAAUAAACCAAGACCUAGCCGAAGGGGAGCAAUACGCGUUAAAGAUGAUUGUUGAACCUCAUAAAGAGGAAGCCGAUUUUGUGGUAGCGGGAUUUUGGCAAGAGAAAGUUUUAGAGUUCUUAAAAAAUACUGCGUUAAACUUCAUAAUUGGAGCAUUACGAGGAAUGGUUAAAGAUGCCAUACCUGCUAUGAUAGAGAUUGCGAAUAAGUUUAUUGGAGCGUUAGAGGAUAGAAUUGUUGACCUUUACCAAAAAGCCAAUGCCGAGGAAAAACUUAUAUUCAAAGAAAACAUUAAAAAACAUUUUACUAAUAGCCACCAAGGUUCAGUAAAUAAUAAACCCGAGGAAAAAAAACCCGAGGAAAAAACCCCGUAUCAGUUAUAUUUAGAGGAAAAGAACGAACGGGAGAAAUUACAAGGCCAAUUACAAAGCAAAGACAAAGAAUAUCAGUUAGGACUAAUUAAACUCAAUAAAGAGAUAAGUAAUUUAAAAGGUGCGUUGUCUAAAAAAGAUGAUGAGAUUGAGAUUACCAAAGAAAAAUAUUGA